GAGGAGAAUGCGGUUAGGAAGCGUGUACAUGCUCCUGAACCCGGAGAGGUUCUCAGUCCUGUAACCUUCGCCUCCCACUGGGUGGAGUAGGGCUUUUAAGAGCAGCUGGAAUGCAGUUUCCCUGAUCAGUGUAGCCAGUUGUUGCCUGUCUGAACCGCUGCCAGUCCUGGACAGCAGUGCUCUGAGAGCAAACUCGCGGGCCUCGCUCUGCACACCUCACCACCGCCCUUCUCGCCUGAGCAAGGAGAGCGUUCCCACCUGCCCAGCCAUGGAGGAGGACGCCACACAAGCUGAAAAGUUCCAGCUCCGGGGUUCUGACACGCGGCAGCAGAAGCCAGCCAGCCCCAGCCCGGUGCCCUCCUCCACGCCAAGCCCCAGCCUGAACUUGGGGAGCACGGAGGAGGCCAUCCGGGACAACUCGCAGGUGAACGCCGUGACGGUGCUCACGCUGUUGGACAAGCUGGUGAACAUGCUGGAUGCCGUGCAGGAGAACCAGCACAAGAUGGAGCAGCGGCAGAUCAGCCUGGAGGGCUCCGUGAGGGGCAUCCAGAACGACCUCACCAAGCUCUCCAAGUACCAGGCCUCCACCAGCAACACGGUGAGCAAGCUGCUGGAGAAGUCCCGCAAGGUCAGCGCCCACACGCGCGCCGUCAAGGAUAGCAUGGAGAGGCAGUGCGCGCAGGUGAAGCGGCUGGAGAACAACCACGCCCAGCUCCUCAGACGCAACCACUUCAAAGUGCUCAUCUUCCAGGAAGAAAAUGAGAUCCCUGCCAGUGUGUUUGUGAAAGAGCCAGUUUCCGGCUCAGCGGAAGGGAAGGAGGAGCCUGCUGAUGAAAACAAGUCUCUGGAGGAAACCUUGCACACCGUGGACCUCUCAUCGGAUGAUGAAUUGCCCCACGAUGAGGAGGCCCUGCAAGACAGUGCAGAGGAAAAGACGGAAGAAAGUAGGGCAGAGAAAAUAAAAAGAUCCGGCCUCCGGAAAGUGGAUAGCCUCAAGAAAGCAUUUUCUCGCCAGAACAUUGAGAAAAAGAUGAACCAGCUGGGGACAAAGAUAGUAUCUGUAGAGAGGAGAGAGAAGAUUAGGAAAUCUCUCAUUUCCAAUCACCAGAAAAUAUCUUCAGGGAAAAGCUCCCCCUUCAAGGUCUCUCCCCUCACUUUUGGUCGAAAGAAAGCCCGACAGGGAGAAAGCCCUGCAGAAAAUGAGACCAAGUCAGAAGAGAUGCCUAGCAGUGACCAGAUACAAAAUGACCACGAGGAGAGCUCAUUUGCAGAGGGUGCGUCGGAGGCGUCCCUCCCCAGUGCCCUGGUGGAAGGGCAGAGCGAGGAGGGGGAUGCUGCGAGGGCGGCCUCGAGAGAGAGUAACUCAUGCAUGGACAGCAACGUCAACUUGACUAUUGUGGAAGAUGAAGAAGAAGAGUUGGUGGCCCUGGAACAGGCACAGAAGGUGCGCUAUGAGGGAGGCUACGUGCUAGCCUCUGAAGAGGCAGAGCAGUCGGAUGAGGAGCCGGUGCAGCCCGCUGUGCUCCAGGUGGACCACACCGCCUGAGCUCACAGGCCGCCGCGCCAGCCUGGGCUUCAGCCAGGUGGGCAGCCAGAGCCUAGAAACAAACUCUUGCACCCUCCAGCACCGCCCACUCUCUCUGUGUUAUGGUCCGGGCCGUAAUCAUUUACUACAGAGCAGCAGCACGCUCGCGACCAACAUUUACUAUGAGCCCCUGCCAGGGGCUCCCUUGCUAAUUUGUUCUUAGGUUCUUUUUCUGUAGAAUUUCUCUGAGAUUGCCCAGAAGAAGAACUAGAGCAGUUGAAAAACGCUGAUCAAUUCGACUUAGAAAAACCAGAGGCUACUUAAGAUACUAGUCAUGAAAUGUGAUUCAUGUUUUGUCAUUCCAUAGGCUUGCUAAGUAGUGUACCAGUAAUAUAUUGAAUUUCCAUAGAACUCCGUGAAUCUAAUUAUUCUUCUUCAAGUGUGUGAUAUAUAAUGUACAUAUGUAUUUAAGCUAAAGAUAUUACUUUAUAUUUUAAGAACACUUUUUUUAAAAGGUAGAAGAUAAAGUUUAGUUGGCUAUUCACUUAAUAGAAACCAUUGUUUUAUUGAAAAUGAAGGAAAAAUUGAAAGAAGAUACUAUUCAGCUAAUGAAGUAAGAUAGGUAUAAAAGUUGGAACUAUUAGAAAAGGAAAACUAAGAAGAAGUUUGAAAAUAAGAGAAACAGAAACAAAGAAUGCCAAAGAGAAUGAAGACAGAAAAAAGUAUGUGCUUAAAAGUAAAACAUUUACAAUAGUAGCUCAAGUAUUUCACUCCUUGUAUAACAAUACUAAAGAAGUUCAUAUAUCCUGGAAUAAUAUGUUGUAUCUUCACAGUAUUUUUCUAAUUUUCAAAAGAUAUAAAAAAACAUUUUAUUGUGUUAAAGCUGUAUUUUUUCCUUAAUAAAUAAAAGACAUGACAAAUAUUUCUCUAAGGAUCUUCAAAAGGAUGUUGUCUCUAAUAUUGGAAUAAAUGUAAAUCUUUGAAAUUAAUUAAUACCUACUGCCAUUUGUAGGAAGUUGGAUUAUACUACUCUUUAAUGUAACGUUUUCAAAAUUUGAAAUAACACUCACACUCCAAAUGAUGUAAUGUAGGUUUAUAAGAUGUUAAAAUCAACAGGUUUGAGAAGGAUUCUGUUUUUCCUAUUUUUGUACAUAAUGGUAAUUUCAUUCCAGGUCAUAUUUUAUUUAUAUGUUAAUUUCACAGAAUAUGAAUAUGUUUCUUCUUAAAGCAUGCUAGUGUUUAUGUAAAAGUGCACAUUUAUUCAGACAGGAUAAUUUUUACUACUGCCUAACAUUCUAUUAACAUAUUGCUUUAUCUAUUUUAAAUUACAGAAUGCUAAUGUUUUGAGAAAACUAUUAUAGGUUAAAGACAGUUGUACCAGGGAGCAAAUUCCCUGCCUUCAGUAUAUAACACACUGUAAGUAACCUUACGAAUAUAAGUAAUCCAAGACAGUAUUCACAAACUAUGCUUUGUCUUAUAAAAGGGAGAGGAUUAACAAAUGUAUUGUGGCACAACCUCUACAGCUAUGUCCUUCUUUUGCAGUAAUGUACCCCACAUAUUAGAUUGUUAAACUAACAAUGGCUGUGUUAAAGAAGACUAAAUAAACCAAAAAGU